AUUACGUUGUCAAAUGUCAAUUAAACGUCAGUUUGACAUGUUUGUAAAGCGAUAAUGGCUGAAGCAAAUUUGAUAAAAGAGGGCUUCUUGUGCCCCAUUUGCCACAAAGACUUGCGUUCCCCGAACAAUCUGAUUGCCCACUUCCAAGACUUACAUUCCGAAGAACAAGACAUCCUAAAAUCCAUCAAAGAUUUGUACGGCAAAGCCAAGAAAAAGAUAUUAAAACUUGACGAACAAGACUUGGAAGUUUUCAAAAAUGAAAUCACCUUAGAAAAGUAUUAUUUAGAGAUAAGUGAGCCGCAAGAACCCGGUCAGAUCCGGAGUCACACUGAUUAUUUCAAAGCCGUUCGUAGAGAACGACUCGAUCAUCGAACCACCGAAACUAAUAAACUUAUUAUUAGGUUGGAUAGGUUGUUGAGGUUCUAUGGGUCGGAUCGUAAACAGCAAGAGCAGGAGUUGGUGGCUUGGUUGGAUGGUUCCACAGUGACACGCUGUCCUUCAUGUGCGUCUAGUUUUAAUAUUACAAGGAGACAGCACCAUUGUAGGUUAUGUGGAAGCAUUAUGUGCAACGCGUGUUCCUAUUUUUUGCCAUAUGAGACGGCUCAAGCGAUAGUUGCCCCCGUUCACAACGUGGACGUAAACAACCGGGAGCAAGUCCAAGGUAAGGAACCAGACAGCCUCCGUAUUUGCAACCAUUGCCUCGACAUGCUCGAGAGUCGCAGACGCGUGCAACUCGAACAAAUGAGACAACCAAUAAUUUGCCAAUUGUACAACCACCUACAAAACCUCAAAUCCCAAACUCAGAGCUCCGUUGAUUUGUAUUUAAAAAUGUACAAUUCCCUAACGUCCGGUGAGACCACGUUUCAACUGCAAGACACUCAAUCUUUAAGGGCUUCAAUUGCCAAAAAAGCCGAAUCAAUUGAUAUUUUGAGUAAAAAAAUCGCAUCCUUGCCUGUGGACGAAGAAACGCCUAAAGUCGAACUACUACAAAAUAGUAUAAGACGGGGGACUUCUCAUUACAUUAAAGACUAUUUAUUAACACUACCAGCGCCCCCUUCUGUCCAAGAACUCGAGAGAAUUAAACGCGAACGCUCUCUGAGGAACACUGAAGAGGAGAAUCAAUUGGCAGUCAAAACGAACAUAAAAAGAGUGACAGUGACCACAGGUUGGUCACCUGCAGCUGUGAGUAAUGAAAAUACCGAAACUGAGGACCCGCUAAUUGAGCAAAUGAAUAUUGUGCGGAAUUAUAUUGACCAAGCACGGAAAGCGCAACGAUUUGAAGAAGUGGCCUCGCUUCAGGAGAAUUUAAAAAUGUUGAAGGAGACAUACAAACAGCAACAAUUGACGAGAGAUAGCUAAAUAAAUUAACCCAUUUUUUGGAACUUGGUGCUGAACAAAUAUGAAAUACUGUAAUUAUUUAUUAACUGCAUGUUCACUAGUCACACUAUUGCACUGUAUCUAUUAUUAUUUACCAAAAUAUAUUUUUAAUU